AAGGCUGGCUGUGGCUGCCGCUGAGGUCACUGCGCUGGGAAAAUAGACUGACUGCCUCCACUACACCGCCUCCAUUUUGAAUAGCCAUGUAAUAGGGGAUUCGCAUAGUUUGUGUGCGUAUCGCCCACUGCGCUGCGUAGUGUCAACAAGCCACAUCCAAACAUCCCUCGACAUGGACGACCUGUUCAGUCCGCGGAGGAGCCUGAACAGCACACAAGGCGAAAUAAGAGUGGGGCCCAGUCAUCAGGCCAAGCUCCCAGAGUUACAACCGCGACCUCAGUCUUGUUUACAGGCACAGACUGAGAAUGAGGAACUCAUGUGGACACCAGGGGUCAAUGACUGUGACCUCCUCAUGUAUCUCCGAGCAGCCAGGAGCAUGGCAGCAUUUGCAGGAAUGUGUGAUGGUGGAUCCACUGAGGAUGGAUGCUUAGCAGCCUCUCGUGAUGAUACCACACUCAAUGCACUUAACAUGCUCCAUGCAAGCCAUUAUGAUGCUGCAAAGGCUCUCCAACGCCUUGUUAAAAAGCCACUGCCAAAGCUUAUUGAAAAGUGCUGGUCAGAGGAUGAUGUGAAACGUUUCAUUAAAGGCCUCAGGCAGUAUGGGAAAAAUUUCUUUCGCAUUCGGAAGGACUUUCUACCCUGCAAGAAAACUGGCGAGUUGAUCACGUUUUACUACCACUGGAAGAAGACUCCUGAGGCUGCUGGAACCAGAGCCUAUCGACAGCAGAGGCGCCAGCCAUCUGCACGCAAAGCCAAGACACGCUCUGCUGCAGCUUCUUCAAACGCACCAUCACAAAAUUAUUCAAAUGAAGCAAGUUCAGCCAGUGAGGAUGACCUUGAUAGUGAGGACAGUGAGCAAGAUGUGAAGAGCUGUAGCCAUUGUGGUACAACUAACUCAAAGGAUUGGCACCAAGGGGGCAAGAACAAUCCUGUGUUGUGCACACGCUGUCGCACAUACGAGAACAAACAUGGCUGCCUUCCACCAGCUCAAAAAUCGGGCGGCUCCUUGUACAUGUUCAAACCUGUGAAGGAGGAAGAGGAGGUGAACAGCAAGCAUGGCAUGAGGACACGGCGGAGUAGAGCACCUCAGUUAUCAUCUUUACGAAGUGGCCACAGGAGAAUCACUGGCUCCCCCAAUAAUGAUGAUCGUAACAGUCAUUCUGGGUGUGCUACAAGAGCAUCUGCUGCUGACAAUAAAAACGACUCAGCAAAGAGGGCAAACAAGAAAAUAAAAGAGGAGGUUGUGCCACCAAAAUCAACUAAAAGAGUUCGGGAGAGCCCAGCGAUUGAAACUGACGAGUCAGAAAAAAUCACAGCUAAAAGGCCAAAGACUCAGGAUCCUCAGGGCUCCCGGUCAGAGGGAGAGGCUGAGAUUGAAGAGGAAAGCUCGUCAGAAAGCCGCAGUGCUCAAGAUGAUGGCAGCAGUGACACCAAAGAUAUUGAUCAGGACAACCGCAGCUCAUCUCCCAGCAUUCCCAGCCCUCAACAGGGCAACGAGAGCGACUCUGACUCCUCUGCACAGCCCCACGGCGCUCAAUCAGAGCCAGCUGCAGCUUCUUCAGCAAGUGAUGCAUCAGCUUCACACACUGUUCCAUGUCAGGGGCCUACUGUCAUUCCUCCACCUCCUCAGAGGACCCCCUCUGCUGGCUCUGCCAACAGCCCUCCACCUCCAUCCACGGAAUCACUUCAGACCAGCACCAGUCAGACAACCACUGCCUCUAACAGCCACACACAGCCUGCUCCACCCUCUACAACUGGUCCUCCAGGGCAGGACGCUCCCCUCUCUGCACCAUUCCAGGUCCCGUCUGCAGUAAACGGUGGGAGCCCACAACCCCUGCCUUCACAGCCAUCCCAGAGAGCACCAAUCUUCUCUAGAGACCCUCAGCUUCAGCAGAGUCCUUUACUGGGACCACAGAUCAAACCACCUCCCACAACCCCCAUCCCUCCUUCACACAAACAAAUGCCACAUCCGCCUGCUGCCCCAUACCCACAGAUGCCUGCCAACCUGCCUCCUCCUCCUGCCCUGAAGCCACUCAACGCUCUGCCUAACCAGCACCCCCCUGGGGCAGCCCCUCCUCCUCUGCAGAUGAUGCCACAGCCUGUGCCCACCCAGCUGCCAGUCAUCUCUCAGGUGCAGAACCUUUCUGCCAAAGGCAUGAGUGUUCCUCAUCUACCUUCUGCACCCAGCACCAUCACAUCUGUUACUGCAUCUGCAAUCAGCCCCAUCCAGAGCCUUCAGUCGUCAAUUCCUCCUCUGCGACCCUCGGGUCCCACAGGCUCACAGGUUCAGGUAAAAGAGGAGCCAUUGGAUGAGAUGGAGGAGCCAGAGAGCCCGCCUCCUCCCCCCAGGAGUCCCUCUCCACAACCAACUGUGGUUAACAUGGCCAGCCAUGCCAGCCAGUCUGCUAGGUUUAUUAAACACCUGGAUCGUGGGUAUAACUCCUGUGCAAGAACAGACCUCUUCUUCACUCCACUGUCAUCCUCAAAGUUGGCCAAGAAGAGAGAAGAGGCGGUGGAGAGGUCCAGAAGAGAGGCAGAGCUCAGUGCUCGACAAGAACGCGAACGGGAGAAGGACAGAGAGAGGGAAAGGGAGGUAGAUAGGAGCGUGAAAGCCUCUAGUUCCUCCCUUGAAAGUCGAAUGAGUGAAGCUCAGAUGACAGCCCAUGGGCGGCCCUCCUUUGAGCAGCCUCCCACCACUGUUGCUGCUGUUCCUCCAUACAUAGGCCCCGAUACCCCCGCUCUGCGCACACUGAGUGAAUACGCUCGGCCUCACGUUAUGUCUCCCACCAACAGAAACCAUCCUUUCUAUGUGUCCCUGAGCCCUGGAGACCCCCUGCUGGCCUACCACAUGUCCGGCCUAUACAGUACUGAUCCUAGCCUCCGGGAGCGUGAGCUUAGAAACCUGAGAGAGAGAGAGCUGCGGGAGAGGAUGAAGCCUGGAUAUGAAGUCAAGGCCCCAGAAUUGGAGACAUUGCACCCCUCCGCUAACCCCAUGGAACACUUUGUUAGACACGGCGCUCUGGCUCUCCCUCAUAUUCCCGGGCCUCCUCAUCCCUUUGCACCGUUUCAUCCUGGGCUUCUGGAGCGUGAGAGGAUGGCACUAGCGGGACCACAACUGCGGCCAGAGCUGAGUUACGCUGAGCGGCUGACUGCAGAGCGCCUUCAUGCUGAGAGGAUGGCCUCGGUGGCCACAGACCCAGCUGCCAGGCUACAAAUGCUCAAUGUGACGCCACAUCACCAUCAGCACUCACACAUUCACUCUCACCUCCAUCUGCACCAGCAGGACCCUCUCGGCCAAGGUUCCAGUCCCCAUCCUCUGGUGGAUCCUAUGGCACCUGGGCCACGUUUGGCCAGAUUUCCUUUCCCUGGAGGACCAAUCCCAAACCCACUGCUCAGUGAUCUGCCUCAUGAUCAUGAGAUGCUGAGGCACCCGUUGUUUGGACCUGCAUAUCCAAGAGAGCUGCAGGGUCCGAUCCCUCAGAUGUCUGCUGCCCACCAGCUCCAGGCCAUGCAUGCCCAGUCUGCAGAGCUGCAGAGGAUGGCUAUGGAGCAGCAGUGGCUACAUGGGCAUCACCUUCACGGAGGGCCUAUACCCAGUCAGGAAGAUUAUUACAGUCGGCUGAAGAAAGAAGGUGACAAGCCAUCGUAACUAUUAGUUGGUGCAUGCUAAUAAGCCUAUACUAGUACCCUAAGGAAUACUGUGUACCCAAUAAGAGUGUAAGAGAAUAAUGGAUGUUUGUUAAUAUCUGCUUUUAAUAUAUUUUAGAAGAAAAAUCCUAGUGUAUUGUUAUGUGCAUUCCUCGUAUAGCACUUAAUGGGACUGUCAAAGUCUGUCAGAGAUUUUCAUAUCUACUCUUUCUACUAGUUUUAUCAAAUCAUUGACAUAUUUAAUGCUGAAAAGUGACAGUUAUUUCCACGAACUGUUUCACAGUUUCUAACUAAGUGAAGAAUAAUGAUAUUUAGUAAAGGAUAUGAAAACAGUACAUCUUUGGGGGUUAACUUUAGAUAUCUAUGGUUUUAAAUUUGUUUCAACUGUAUCAAUGGCAUUUAAAAUCAGUGUUUGGAUGAUUGUAAUGGACCUAGCAUGAUUCAGUCUGUUUCCACUAAUCUAGAGUAGCAAGUUGCAUUGUUGUUUAGAAAGCAUAGUCUAAGUUGGUUUACUCUAAAUCUGCUAAAUAUUUGUGUAAAUCCUGAAGUUUUAUAUCUAUCUUUUCACACUUAAACUGAAGCUUUUAUCCUUUGUUUCUGAGAGUGUAAAUAUUACAUGUUCACAAUAUUAGAUGAAUGAGUUCUAUUGAUAUAGCAGUAGAAGUGAACUGCCGCCCCCUUAAUUUAGCACGAGAUCAUUAACUAUAAGCUAUUACAUGAAGUAUUAUAAGCUGACGCAAUAAUUCAUUUGUCAGAGGAAAAUCAUGUUGACGCCAAUACUAGAAUUGACUAAAAGGUUUAAUAAAAAAAUGAACUCCUGCCAUUUUAAUUGAAUUUGAACAACUGCUAAGACAUUUAAUAUUUAUGGGACAUAAUAUAAAAUUGUAUCCAUUACAUAUUUAUUUCAAUAAAUUACUCUUUUGGCAUAAAA